AUGGCUGAUGAGCUGGCCGCACUACAACAUGCCUGGGAGACAGAGCAACAGGAGCUCCUGCGUUCCGAGAGAGUGCUGCAGGCACUUCGACAGGCACAGGCAUCCCUGCAGCAACGACUCGAUGACUUGCUGGAUGAGUGCCAUCAUCUUCGCGAGGAGGUCGUUGAGAACAAUCCUGUGGCAGCGGCAUGUGUCGCAGUGGAGCAGGAGAUUGAGGCACUUUUUGAGGACCUCGAAGCUCUGGGUCCUCGGAAAGCCUCUUUGGUGCGGGAGCAGCGGAUGCACCUCCAGGCGCGAGAGGCCUGUCGUGCCCUGGAGAUCGACCGAAACCGCGCCUGCCAGAACCUCCGGGAGGCGCAGAAGCCCUUGCAAGAGCAGCGUGCCGCGGUGGAGGGCCGCAUCCAGGCUGCGGAGAUCCAGGCACGAUCCUUGGUGUCCGCAGAGGUGCAGGCGCGGGCUGAGGAACAAAGAGUGGAGGCCCAGGAGCAGCUACAGCGAGCAAAGGAGGAGGUCGCUGAAAUGCGGCUGAAGUUGGCAGACUCCUGGGUGACGGACACGGACAGGGUAGCUGACUCUGAGGAUAUGCAAGCCCUGGAAGAGGUGGAGAAAUCCUUGCAGUGGCUUGCGAACACCCAACAUGCUGCAUCCGCACAGACACAGCUGGUUGAGCGACUGGAGCGCAAGAAGGGUAGUCUUCAACAGCGCUUGCGAGAGGUCUCGGAAGAAAAGGCAGCAUUGCAGUCGACUCGGGUGGAUUUGGGAGAUGCUGGCAAGGCGAUGCGUGAAACCAUGGCCUCACAAAGUGAGGGCUAUGUAAAGCAGCUGGUGGGUUUGGAGGAGGCCAGACGUGCGGCUGAUUCGGACAGGAUCAAGCUGAUGCAGGACUGUGCCGACAUGCAGGACAAGCUGGAUGACCUGACCACCCGCGAAGCCCGCCAGGCGUCGAUCAAGGGCCGGCACACUCAAUUGCAGGUUGCUUGCCGCUGCGUGGCUGAUGAAAGCCACCGGCUCCGAGACAUGAAUGCGGCGUUGGGCGAGAUGCUUCUGAGCGAUGAGACGCCGACAGACUUCACGCAUGACGACAGCGAUGCCGACGCGGUGAUGCGCCUGCUGCUGUUGCAAAAGAAGCUCGUGGAUCGUCAGGAGUCCUACGCGGCAGAAAGGGAGCAGCUGGGAGACAAGGUGCGCGACCUCGAGCGGAAGGGAGUCUCGCCGCAAUUCUUUGACCCUGCACCUGCAAUGCCGACGCCAACAUCGACACAGGCCGCCUCCAGCUCACUGGUCAGCUCAGUGCGGGAGCGCUUCUCGCAAUUCCGCGACGUCGCCUUGAAGCGGGCGUAA